GAGUCCAGCAGCAACUACUCCAUUGCAUAUCCUAGAUUAAGCAGGUUUCUUGUCAGAAUCCUACUCUAAUGGCCAAAGUCAGGUAAUCAAGGCCUAGGGGCCCCUCAGCAAGAACCACGUGAGCGGCCCGUGUGAACCGAGACGCAAGAAUAUAAAAUGGGAACCAUGGUAGACAAGAGCAACAGGUUCAGUCAUUUAUUAGUAACGAAUAUCAUCCCAAAUGGAGCAAUUCGAUGUGGCAGUUGUAGGCCUUGGUGUCCUGGGAAGUGCAGCAGCCUACCAGGCCGCGCGGAGAGGCAAAAAGGUCAUCGCAUUUGAGCAGUUUGAAUUUGGUCACGUCCACGGGGCGUCCCACGAUACAUCGCGCAUUGUCAGAACCUCCAACGCCUUACCCGAAUACGUGAGGCUAGCCCAAUCUGCCUACAGGGACUGGGCUGAAUUGGAACAAGCGACCGGCCAGAAGCUGCUUACUAUCACCGGCGGCCUGGUUUUCGUCCCUCGGGAUAAGGCCUCACCAUUUGAAACGCUAAUUAAGACUCUGCGUGCCACGAAUUUACCCCAUGAGGUUUUGAAUGCCAGUGAGGUGAAGAGACGCUGGCCGCAGUUCGACAUCCCCGACACAGUCGAUGCAAUAUACACGGCCGACACGGGUAUAGCCCACGCUUCCAAAACAGUUGCAGCCAUGCAGUAUUUGGCACGUUCCAACGGCGCAGUCCUGAAGGAGAAUACACCUGUCGAUCGUGUGAUUCCCAUGAAGGCGGGAGGAGUGACUAUCCAGACACCGAAGGGAGAAUUCCACGCGGCGAAGGUGAUUCUUGCCACCGAUGCAUGGACAAAUAAACUGCUCGCGCCGUUGGGAGUCCAUAUUCCCCUGUCGGUCAUGCAGGAACAGGUAACCUACUUCAAGCCGACAGAUCCAGCCGCUUUCGAGCCAGAGCGAUUCCCUGUGUGGAUUUGGGGUGGCGAUCCGGCGUUCUAUGGGUUCCCAUCUUACGGCGAACCGACUAUCAAAGCUGGUCGUGAUUCGUCCAACAACUUCAUGACGCCCGAGCAACGGACCUAUGUACCAUCGCCCCAGUUGUCUGAGCAGCUCUCCUCAUUCAUGAAGGGCUUUAUACCCGACAAGGAACGUCAGCCACUUCGCACUGUUACAUGUCAGUACACGAUCACCCCAGAUCGACAAUUCAUCAUCAGCCCAUUGGACAACAACAAAGACAUAAUCGUCGGUUUAGGGGCUGCACAUGCGUUCAAGUUCGCCCCUGCGUUUGGCCGCGUUCUGGCCGAACUGGCAUUAGACGGAAGGACUAAGGAGGAUAUUUCGAAGUUUGGGAUGCCGAAGACAGCUUCUUCGAGCAGCAAGCUAUAA